UGAUAAGAGCACCAUGUCGACAAAUGGUCAACAUCCCCUGUAUUCUCCCUUGCCUGCAGGAAAAUGGACGCGGCUUCUCAUCCUUGAGCCAGGCCCUUGGGAUCAGGAUGUGAUCAGCGCUACUCUUGUCACUAGUCAAAUUGGACGUGACUCCUAUGAAGCAAUUUCAUAUGUCUGGGGCAACCCCAGAAAUAUCAGACAGAUUAAUUGCCAGGGCUAUUCACUCAAUGUCACGGCCAAUCUCUACUUGGCGUUGCGUCAGGUAAGGCGAACAAGCGAACCGAGACGCAUAUGGGCCGAUGCCCUCUGUAUCAACCAAUUAGACCUACAAGAAAAGGCGCUCCAAGUUAAUAUGAUGGGUGAAAUUUAUUCCCAGGCUGAACAAGUUAUCGUCUCGUUUGGCGACGACGGCAAGAACGGAGAAGCAGCAAGAAUCGCAUUCCAAGUCAUUGAGGAUUAUAAUCUCCUCGCUGCGAAGUAUCUGUCAGAGGAGCGGAUUCGUACUGGAGAAUGGUGGCAGCCGGAUGGGGGCUAUGGUACUAUUACCUCUGAGCGUCUGCAACAUGUGGUUCCGAUAUUUGAGCAGUCCUGGUUCCAGCGCGUCUGGAUCCUCCAGGAAAUCGGCCUUGCGAAGAAAGCCUUUCUUGCUUAUGGAACUUCCGUGAUUGACUUCACCAAGAUCAUGGAAUUUGCACAGGCCUGGGCGAGGACUGGGAGGCACUUCCCAGACAUUUCCUUCAAGUCUGGAUACAUUUCUGAUCUUUUCAACUCCGUUUGGGUUUCGUACACAGACGCCCACAACUCCUGGUUUCGGGAUUCGUACAUCCUUACGACCAUCUCGCGGCAUACGGACACGUCGAACAGCGAAUUUGAAGAUGUGUUAUUCAGGGCUCGACAUAUUCAGAGGGCGACUGACCAUAGAGACUACGUCUAUGCCUUCCUUGGCCACCCUCUCGCUAAGCCAAGAACUGGCAAUCUCUUACUGGAAGCUGACUACACCAUAGACCUAACUGAACUGCGGCUUCGUUUGUUCUCUCAACUGAGCACCCGCUCACAUCGGUUCCUGGGAUUAGUGUGGAACUGCUCAUCUAAGGACCUGAAUAGUCAAGGUCCCUCGUGGUGCCCUCGUUUGGAUACUCGUCGAGCCUGGACCAUAAACGGUAGGUAUGCUGCGGACCGAGGUACUUUCACGUCUUUCCAAGGCUUGUCUACCAAGGAAGUGGACAGGUCUCGGCUAAAACUCCGCGUGUUCCUCAUUGAGACUAUCCUCUCUUGUGGUGAAGUCGCCGAUAUACCCCCUGAGAGCAAAAUGAAGGAGGCUUGGGAUAGAGAACCAAAUUACCGUAACGCAGAGGAGCUACUAAGUGAGAAUCCUAGCCUUGCCGAACGAUACUGGUCCCUUCUUCGGGAGUUUGAGAAGCAGAGCAGCCUCGCUUAUCCGGAUAUGGCACUCGCAUUGGCCAGCACGCUUCUUGGAAUCUGCGACAAGGAUGAUGACCUGAGCAUUGCCCGAAGCUUCAUAGAGUACUGUGGCAACUACUGCGGCUCUAUACUGGCUCAUCUCCGUGAUUCCGGGUGGCUCAAACAGUACAGUUCGGGCCCCAAGGCACGCUACAUCCCAUUCCUGCAGCGGGCGGCAAAUCAUAUUAAUGGAGAAAGGUUUUUUAUUACAAUGAAAGGCUACAUCGGCACGGGCUCACCCUUAGUCGAACCUGGAGAUCAGAUAUGUAUUAUUCCUACAGUUCAGACUCCACUCGUUAUUAGGCGUAUUCCAGAUAGGCCUGGAAUGUUCCACGUCAUUGGGGCGUGCUACGUACAUGGUAUGAUGUAUGGCGAAGUCCUAGAGAGGCUACAACAGACUGCGGGAUCGAUACAAAUGACCACUGUGGUGUUUCUAUAGUGGACUGAUUUGUG